GUGAUUGAUCCCUGCGCACCGAGAGCACCGUGUAACCAAGCUCAAGCUCCACCACAACCUUACCCCCCACCAUGAGCUCCCCAUCUUGAGCUCUCAUCUCAACCUCCAUAACACACCUACUAUGUCCUCGCCGUCAACACAACAAUUUCAACACCCAGGUCAAGAACAAGGCCACCAAUUUCCGCCCGCACCUCCGAACUUCCAGCCCUUCUUCACUCUCAUCUCCCCGACCACCAGCAACCCAUCACACGCGCACCCCCACGUCCACUACAUCUUCAGCGACGACCCGACGGACCCAACGCUAGACCUGCCGCCAGCCACUCCGCAUACCCGCGUUAUAACCGUCGACCUCGAUGUCUCCGCCGACAACUCCACGUACGUGCGGUCUGCACACGCGCUCUCGCGCGACUUCCAGCUCGUUGCGGCGGAGAUCACCGAGGCGCCGCAGAUGUCGGAGGGCGGCGGCGGGCUGAUGCUGGUUCUGGAGGGCGUCGAGACCGGUCUGCGCGGCGUCAAGGUGUCCCAGGGCGUCCAGGAGCUCGCGAGGAUGUUCGAUGAGAGAAUGGACGUGCUGAGACGCGUGGUCGGCUUUGGAGGCGUAGAGACCGCCGAGGUCAAGAGGGCCGAACUGCAUCCGAGCUAUGACGAGAGUACGGCGGAUGAGACGGUCACCGAGACAGAGGAUGAGGGGUAAUGUUGCGUUUGGGGUUAUGGCGUUUGGGAACUUGGAGCUUCAGACUUGGUUAUGAUAUCACGGUUGUAAUGAAAUCGAUGGGAGCGGGCAGGCGAGUGAUGCUAUAUGCCCGCUCUUCCGCUUAGGGAUACUAUGUAGCAUGGAACCAUAUGCAAUAGGACAUAUACCACUGCCCGCC